CAGCCGAUAUCCUGCCGAGGCGCAGUAACAUGGGAGGCUGCCAAGCCCGCUGUCAUAGAAACAGUUGAGGUCGCGCCACCUAAAUUGGGUGAGGUGCGAAUCAAGAUGAUCAAUACAGGUGUCUGCCAUUCAGACAGCACAAUGGCGAGCGGAAACAAAGGAGAUCGUUUCUUUCCAGUUGUACUGGGACAUGAAGGAAGUGGCGUUGUAGAGAGCGUUGGUGAAGGAGUCACUACAGUGAAACCAGGUAAAUAAAUACAUGCAGUCUGACUCUCUCUCGAAUUUCACCGAACGAGUUUGGACGAUCAGAGGUGUGGGUUUGACUAAGGGACUCCAGAUAAAAGCUUAUUCCAUAUCACAAAUUUUACCUCGUCAUUGUCCUUAGGAGACCAUGUUGUACUGACCUACGUCCCUAAUUGUGGAGAAUGCAAGCUUUGCCUGAAUCCACUGACCAAUCUGUGCACCAGGUAUUUAUGA